AUGCUUUGUUCUCAACCUCAUACCAAAUCAACUUUGUCCAAGGCAGUAGAUGGGCAACCAUUGCCAUCUUUCACUGAGUUGCUCACUUCAAUCCCAUUACCUAGUGAGUUUAAGGGUAAAAGUUCUGGAAGUUCUGCUAGCUCUACCGCCUCUAGUUCUCCUUACACUUACUACUCGCCUGUGAUGCAAAGAGCUGCGAGCCCUUUACAGGCAACCGUUGUGACGACACCACCAGAAUACUACCCUAUUUCGCAACAGCUGGUGAUUAUCCACCCCCACCCGGUGCUGGCCAACAACUACCAAUACUUGCAGUACCAAUAUCAACCUUAUGAUGGCCGCUCUGUGAUGACUCGCCCUUUACUUAGUCCUCCUAUCAUGGAAGGCACAACGAUUCCUACACCUCCAUCUAGUUCGAACUCUCACAGAACUAUACGAUCUUCCAGCCCCAAUAGUACUGCCUCUUCACCUGGUGACGCUACUUCCCCUAGUGCUCACAUGGCCCUCAUCUCAGAGCCAAUCGCUGUGUUGACUGCAGACCCAAAGCGUAGACACAUCUGUAAGGUGUGCGCUCGUUCUUUCACUACAUCUGGUCAUUUGGCUAGACAUAACAGAAUUCAUACCGGUGAAAGAAAGCAUGUUUGUCCUUGGCCUACAUGUGAUGCUAGAUUCGCUAGACAAGAUAAUUGUAUGCAACACUACAAGACACACACCAACGGUAAAAACAAGAGGUCAAAGUUGAGCUUCAAGACCAAGUUGAAUCCAAAGUCAUUCACUUGA